AUGCACCGCUCCUUGCUGGCCCUCGCCGGCCUUGUGCCGUCGCUGUGCGGCGCCUCGGUCGUCCGUCCUCGUGACCGGCCGGCCGGCGUCCCCGACGUCGGCGCCCCAGUGUCGCCUCGGAUCACAACAGCCCCCGUCGCCCACGUUCGUGGCUUGCCCGGCCUCCUCCGCGGCAUUCAUGACGUCGACCGGCGGGCCGCCGCCGACAGCGUGCCCGCCUGCGCCGCGCCGUGCAUCGAGAGCGCCCUCACCGACGACACGACGUGCAGCGCGCACGACGUGGCGUGCGCCUGCGAGUACCAGAACGCAGUCGCCAUUGAGACGGCCGCGUUGUCGUGUGUCGAGUCGGCGUGCGGCUACCUGGGGGCGUUUAGCGCGUGGGUGACGCUCGAGAGCAUUUGCGCGACGUAUGCGUACACGGACGCGUUCACCAACGCAUACACGGUGCCAGGUGGGAAGGCAACCGUGGCCAAGACCAACGGGGACGGCGCCACCAAAACGGCGCCGGGCGGCAGUGAUGCAGGGGCGACGACGACUGUGACGGCCGGUGCAGGCAGUUCUGGUUCUGGUUCUGGUUCUGGUUCUGCCUCUGGCUCGGACACUGACUCUGUCUCGUCCUCCUCAAAUGGCCUCUCCAAGGGCGCGAUCGCGGGCAUUGCUCGCAACAACCCACUCUCUGCUGACGGGGCUGCGGCCGCCACGACGUCAGCGCUGUCGCACCCGCCGGCUGGCGGUCCAUCGGGCAAAGGCAGCGCCGCCAAUGCCAGUGACGGGCCCCUGCGUGCUGCUGCUGUCCCCGUCUCGGGCGCUACUGCCGCUGUUGCCGUUGCCCUCCCGGCCGUCCAGAACGAACUCGACGGCAAGUCGUCUGCGGUUGUCUCGACCGUUGGCUCGACGCUGACGCCGCCGGCACCGUCUGCCAGUCCGGCCAGUCCGGCCAGUCCGGCCAGCGUGCCGACAGUAGGUCAGACGCCCACGCCCCAGCUGUAUGACCAGAGCGGCGUGCCUCUGGAUGCGGCCGCCCAAUACGCCCAACAGCACCCGCAGUAUGGAGCGGCUGCCGCCCCGCCCUACAUUGUCCAAGGGUACAGCAUUGCCCCUGGCCAGGCGCCGCAGCCGCAGACCGUCGUGGCACCGGCCGGCUAUGCGGCUGCUCAUCCAAGCCUGCCCGUGACGGGCGUCGUCUACCAAGAAGCGCCGGCCGGCAUUCCGCAGGCGCAGUACCCGCACGAGCCGCCUGGACAAGGGGCAGGGGCCGAUGCUGCAGACGUGGCAUCGCCGGUACCGCAGCAUGUCGUGCCCGUGGCCGUGGGACCGUCGGCGGCGUUGCCUGUGGCGGCGGCAUCCUCUACAGCAACACCGAUACACGAGGCGCCGACGCCUCCACAGGCGUGA